CCGAGGAAGCUAAGGCCGUUUUGGGGUGAGGCCCUCACUUCAUCCGGCGACUAGCACCGCGCCCGGCAGCCCCCACCUAGCACCCGCCCGCACCAUGGUCUCCGUCUCGGAGCUCACUUGCAUCUACUCUGCCCUCAUUCUGCACGAUGAUGAGGUGACUGUCACGGCUUUGGCCAGUGUCAACAUCGGGAGCCUCAUCUGCAAUGUGGGGGCUGGUGGACCUGCCCCAGCAGGAGGUCCUGCCCCAGUCACCACUGCUGCCCCAGCUGAGGAGAAGAAAGUAGAAGCAAAGAAAGAAGAAUCUGAAGAGUCUGAUGAUGACAUGGGCUUUGGUCUUUUUGACUAAACCUCUUUAGUAACACAUUCAAUAA